CCCACAAACUGACUGGAGGGUAAUCCAAUAUCAAAAUUAAUAACACCACGUGGCACAACCACAUUCACAUACCUAAUACCACCAUUCCAUAGAGCUACUGUGGUGCCCAGGCCAGCCCAGGACAUAUCUCUCAAGCCAUGGCUGAAUCAAAGGAAACUAGUGUUCCUCUGUAUGCGUCCGAGAGUGUUGGCUCUGAUGACACUGGGCUUGGCACUGAACAGGAACCCGUCAAAACCAUUCUCCAGGCAAUGCGAUUGGCUGGCCAGGAACUGCUCCCUGUGAUCUAUGUGGACAGCAAGACAGAGGGGGAGCGGUGGACAGAGGCCUCUCAGAGCCAACUAAAGAAGUUCAAGAAGAUCUGGGCAGGAGAGCAGCGCAAGCAAGACAAAGCACGGGAGAGGCUGGAGGAAGAUGCUAGGAAGAGAGAAGAAAAUCUAGAGAAGGCCAAAGCCAUCAAGAUCUCUCAGGACACUUCUCUACCAGCCCCAAAACAAAUCAAGAUCAGAGACAGUGAGGAGAGCAGAGGGUUGAGGGUCAAAGUGUAUGGCUGGGUGCACAGGCUGCGUCGUCAAGGCAACUCACUCAUGUUCCUAGUGUUGAGGGAUGGUACUGGUCUACUACAGUGUGUGCUCACGGACAAUAUGUGUAUGACUUACGAGGCUCUCACUCUGGCCACUGAGUCCACUGUGGUUGUGUAUGGUGUCAUCAAGGAACUGCCUCAGGGGAAGAGUGCCCCUGGAGGUCAUGAACUGUCUGCAGAUUAUUGGGAGUUAGUUGGAGGCAGUCCUGCUGGUGGUGUGGAGAGUGUGGUCAGCGAUAAGUCCAACAUUGAUGUCCAGUUAGACCAGAGACACCUCAUGCUCCGAGGAGACGUGCUCUCCAAGGUCUUCAAAAUACGCUCUAUGGUAGCACAGAGCUUCAGAGAGCAUUAUUUCAGCCGAGGCUAUGUGGAGGUAACCCCGCCCACACUGACUCAGACACAAGUGGAGGGAGGGUCUACUCUCUUCAGCCUCAACUACUUUGGAGAGGAUGCAUACCUCACGCAGUCCUCCCAACUCUACCUGGAGACGUGUAUUCCCUCCCUUGGUGAUGUGUUCUGUAUUGCCAUGUCCUACAGAGCAGAACAGUCUCGCACCAGACGCCAUGUGGCAGAGUACACUCACGUGGAGGGGGAGUGCCCCUUCAUUAACUUUGACCAAUUGCUGGAGAGACUGGAAGACCUGGUGUGUGAUGUCAUUGAUCGUGUGCUGGCCUCCCCUCUUGCUCCAAUGAUCAAGGAACUAAAUCCAACGUUUGCUCCUCCCAAGCGACCAUUCAAGAGAAUGGAUUAUAGUGAAGCCAUUAAGUACCUGAAGGAACAUGACAUUAAGAAGGAAGAUGGAUCCUACUAUGAGUUUGGAGAGGACAUACCAGAGGCCCCAGAGAGAGUCAUGACUGACCAAAUCAACGAGCCGAUUUUUCUGUGUCGUUUCCCUGUUGAGAUCAAAUCAUUCUACAUGCAACGUUGCUCUGAGAAUCCACGCCUCACAGAAUCGGUGGACCUGUUAGUGCCAGGAGUGGGGGAGAUUAUCGGAGGGUCUAUGAGGAUGUGGGAUGAGACAGAGCUAUUAGCUGGCUACAAGCGCUCUGGUAUUGACCCCGCCCCCUAUUACUGGUACACUGACCAGCGCAAGUUUGGUACGUGUCCCCACGGCGGGUAUGGACUGGGACUGGAGCGGUUCCUCACAUGGAUCAUGGACCGCCACCAUAUCCGAGAUGUUGUGCUGUACCCACGCUUUGUGGAGAGGUGCAAGCCCUAGGAACAAUCUAGCUAUAUAUAGCAAGAACAUUGGACUAUAAUUAUCAUGCUGAUUGAAAUUACCAAAUUUGACAUUCUUGAAAAUAAA